AUGGGUAAAUUAGGUGAAUUACUUGCUCAUCCAGUGGAACUGAAGUCUGCUUUGAUACUGAAGUUUAUCAGACAGCCAUUGUACUCCAAUGAAGCUUCAAUGUCUGCCGACGUUAAGAAAUGUUACGAGCUCUUGACCAAGACGUCGAGAUCGUUUGCUGCUGUUAUCAUGGAACUGCAUCCCGAGCUACGUAACGCUGUUGCGAUUUUCUACUUGAUUCUAAGAGCAUUGGACACCAUUGAGGACGACAUGACGAUCGAUGUGGACGAGAAGGUUAGAUUGUUAGAAGAAUUCGACGGUAAGCUAGACACUUUGGAUUGGUCAUUCAAUGGAAACGGUCCCAACGAGAAAGAUCGCGACGUGCUAGUCGAGUUCCCAUACAUUUUGCGUGAGUACCACAACCUGAAGCCAGAGUACCAACAAGUGAUCAAAAAGAUCACUAAAGAAAUGGCUAAAGGUAUGGUCAAGUACGUUUUGGACGCGGAGUUCACUCUGAACGGUGUUGCCACCGUCCAGGACUACGAUAUGUACUGCCAUUACGUUGCCGGAUUAGUCGGCGACGGUUUGACUGAAUUGAUUGUCCUUGCCAACUUCGGUUCUCCAUCCUUGUACGAAAGCGACGGCAACAGCAAGUUAUUCGAAAGUAUGGGUUUGUUCUUGCAAAAGACCAACAUCAUCAGAGACUACGCCGAGGACUUGCGCGACGGCAGAACCUUCUGGCCGAAAGAGAUCUGGGCACAGCACACCGACAAGCUUGCUAGCCUCGCCACCGACGCAGACAAUGGUGUUGCCUGCAUCAACCACCUGGUCCUAAACGCGCUGUCACACGUCGAAGACGUCUUAACGUACCUGAGUCUGAUCGAGGAACAAAGCAGUUUCCAGUUCUGCGCCAUCCCACAAGUCAUGGCCAUUGCCACGUUGUCGUUGGUCUUCAACAACGCCACCGUGCUACAAAAAAACGUGAAAAUCAGAAAAGGCGAAACAUGCUACCUGAUCUUGAAGAGCAGAACGUUGAAAGGCUGUGUAGAGAUCUUCACCUACUACCUCCGCCAAAUCAAGCAGUCCUUGCAAGUGAACGAUCCAAACUACUUGAAGAUCAACAUACAGAUCGCAAGAAUCGAACAGUACAUCGAAGAAAUGUAUCAAGACAACUUACCAGAAAACGUUGCCCCAAUAAAGACCCCCGUGUAUUUGUCUACAUCCAAGAGAACCGUCCAAGACAACAAGGUUGUCCCAGUGAUCGAAGAAGAAAACUACAAAUUCAAUAUCGGUCUAACCAUUCUAAUGACCCUCGCUUUCGCCAUCGUCCACAGACUAAUGAAGUAA